GGAAGGCCCGCUGCCCUCAAGGUGCCUGGAGCAAAAACCGCAGCGAACAAAAAACAUUGCAACAAACCCUCCCGCAGCUCCAACACCAACGCCAUCGCCACCAUGGCGCGACUCGACGAGAUGCGAUUCGAUCCGGCUAGCCUGAACAAGGCGAGCGCAGCAGAUUACUCGUCUUCCGAGUCCGAUGCCGAGCAGGAAGACGAAUAUUUGAUGCCAUCGCGCAAUCCCCACGAAAGUGAAUUCGCCGACUUCAACCCCCGCAAGAAGCGCCGUACAGGACGCGACGCGAAGGAGAGCGCCGCGCUGGGGAUAUUCGGGUCCGAAAGCGAGGACGAAGGGUCGAGCAGGAAAUGGAAACACAAGAGUCUCCGAAAUAAGGGCGUGAGCUUCGUUUCGUCCGCAAAGGCCAAGGCAAACUCCGACGACGAGGGCGACGAAGACGAAGAUAACGAGUACGAUGAUGCCAACCCUGGCGCCGUCCCAAGCGACGCAGGGGAGGAUGAAGAGGAAGAGGAAGACAUGGGCGGCGUGGGUUUGGGGUUCAAGGGUGCCGGUGCCGGUGCCGCUGCAGGGCAAGGCCUCGGGUGGACGCCCCCAACGGAACAAGGAGUUCCCACAAAACGAGCGGUCCCUCCCCCGAGCUUUGUCAAGUCGAAGGCCAACGAAGCCAACCCCCUCGGUAACGGCUUCACGCCAAUGUCACAACGGGGCCCGACCCUGCUGGUCAAAGACGAUGAGCCCGCUACACCCCGCGCCGCAAUGCCGAGUGCCUUUAGCAAGGCAAGAGGCGGGAAGACAAAAAUCAACACCAAUUCCUUCGGCGCCCGCAUGAUGGCCAAGAUGGGAUACGUCGAGGGGCAGGGUCUCGGAAAGGAAGCCCAAGGUCGGAAUGUCAUCAUCGAAGCCAACCUUCGGCCCCAGGGAGCUGGGUUGGGUGCAGUGAAGGAGAAAACCAAACAAGAGAGAGAGGAGGAGAAACGACAGGCACGUCUCCGUGGAGAAGAGGUGGUAGACUCGGAAGAGGAGGAAAAAAAGAAGAAGGCCGCGCGGCGGAAGAAGGCUUUGACCGGCGGUGUCAGCAGCGGGGCCGGGAGCGGUGUCAGUACGCCGAGGCGGCAGAAGCCCAAAUACCUAACCAUGGACGAGAUCAAGAAGGCCGCCCCUGGACUCAACAUACCGGAUGCCUUCACACCGAUUCUCGACAUGACGGGACCGGGGAAGAAGCUGCUUACCACAUCAUCAGGAUUGAUGACCCCAACGGGAGGCGUUGCGCCGGCCGAGUCUACAGAGGCGGCCGAAAACCGGAAGCUUGUCAAACGCGCCCAGAACGACUUCAUGGCUAUCCUCGAAGAAUGGCAGAAUCUGCAAGAACGGAAAGCCUUCCUGGACCUGCAGUUGAAACAAGAACAGCAAGGGCUGGAAGAGCUCUCAGCAAGCUUACAAGGGAACAAGUCUGUAACGGCGGCUUGCACAGCGGCUUCCAGACCAACCGAAAGUGGCGAGGCGGACAGGAAAGCAGACCUGAGCUACCGGCUCGGGCGAGUUAUCGCUGGACUUGGAGACGCAAACAACUCCCUGUCUGCAUCCAUGCUCCCGCAGAUCAAGGAUGAGCUCGCCUCGCUAGCCGUUGCCGCAAUCCAUCCCCUGUUCAACCAGUACCGCCAGCUCUGGGAACCGCUCGAGGAGCCCAAACCCGCGUUCGUGGACGGUCUGAACUCCAUCCGCGGUUUGCUGGGUCUCGACCACCAAUCCAAGAAAACCUACCGCAAGCCAACCGCCACCCCCUACGAAACGAUGAUGUACGAGCUCUGGCUGCGCACCCUCACCGCCGCCGUGCGCGAGUGGAACGUCCGCGACCCCGACCCGCUCAUCGCCGUGCUCGACGCCUGGGACCCGAUCCUCCCAUCCUUCGUACGCGCCCAGCUCCUCCAAGACAUCACCCGCAAGCUCGAAGAAGCGCUCCAGAAAUGGCAGCCCAAGAAACACACCCACAACCUCCCCCACCGCUGGAUCUUCCCCUGGCUGCCCCACCUCCCCGCAACCCACCUCGACCCCAAGAGCGCCACCGGCCUCGUCGCCGACGUCCGCCGCAAGUUCCGCCAGCUCAUCGACGCCUGGGACUUCACCCGCGGCGUCAUCCCCGGCCUGAAGCAAUGGAAAGACAUCCUCCGCCCCACCACCACCAGCGGUCGCGACCGCGACAUGUGGAGCCCGCUCGUCAUGAACCACCUCCUCCCCAGCAUGGCACGCCACCUGCGCGCCAACUUCCGCGUCGAGCCGCAGGACCAGGCCCCCUACAUGGAAGCGCUGGACCGGCUGCUCGAGUGGACCGAUGUCGUGCGGCCCAGCAUGCUGGCCGAGGUGCUGGUCGCCGAGCUGUUCCCUGCCUGGCACGCCGCGCUGUACCAGUGGCUGCUGCUGGAGGAUGCGGAUUACAAUGAGAUUGGCGCGUGGUUUCAGUGGUGGCAGGACGAGGUGCUGCCGGAGGAGAUUAGGGUGUUGCCGUCGGUUGUGGCCGAGUUUGAGAAGGGGUCGGCGAUGAUUGAGCGGGCGCUGGAUUUGGGGGCGAGGGUGAGGGCGGAGUUGGAGCCGCCGGAGAAGGGGCCCGCGCUGAAGACGGGGCGGGAGGGGGGGAGGGAGGAGAGGGAGAGGGAGAGGGAGAGGCGGCGGGAGAGGGAGAGGGAGAAGGUGCAGGAGGCUGGGGUGGAGGCUAAGCGGCCGGAGGAGGUCACUUUCAGGGAGGUCAUUGAGGCGUGGUGUCAGGAACAUGAUUUGCAGUUCAUGCCGGAACGGAAUAAACUGCAUGCCGAGGGGCCGGUGUACAGGAUCUCGGGCAUGGACGGGAAGAGGGGCAUUUCGGUCUACUUCAAGGGGAACAGUCUGUUUGCGCUAGUCAAGGACCAGAAUCCGCUGGAGAUUAGGAGGGACAGCGAGGAUGAUUGGGGCGUGUUGGUGACGUUGGCCUCGUAGUUGGGCAGGGUGGCAAGAUGCAGUAACUGGCGAUACAUCGAUACAUUGCGUUAUUGUACAGCUUUGCCUGCGUUUCGUGGACGGU